UAUUGAAAUGAAUAUCGAUAAAUGAAUAUCGAUAUAAAAUAGCACAAGCACACGCGCCCACGAAACUAUCGCCAGAGGCUUCUCACCUCUAAAAACCAAUUUUCACUUCCUUUCUAAAUCGCACGUUGAGCAGAAAAGAUGGCGUCGAAGGUUUCGCGUGAUACGCUGUAUGAGGGCGUCAAUGGACUCCUGGAGGCUUCGGCCAAGAAGAAGCGCGGCUUCCUCGAGACGGUGGAACUGCAGAUAGGCCUGAAGAACUACGAUCCCCAGAAGGACAAGCGUUUCUCCGGCACCGUCAAGUUGAAGCACAUUCCUCGUCCCAAGAUGAAGGUGUGCAUCCUUGGCGAUCAGCAGCAUUGCGACGAAGCCAAGGCCAACAACGUCGACUUCAUGGAUGCCGAGGCUCUGAAGAAGCUGAACAAGAAUAAGAAGCUGGUGAAGAAGCUGGCCAAGUCCUAUGAUGCUUUCCUGGCCUCUGAGUCGCUGAUCAAGCAGAUUCCCCGUUUGCUGGGCCCUGGCUUGAACAAGGCCGGCAAGUUCCCUGCCCUGCUGUCGCAUCAGGAAUCUAUGAUUGGCAAGAUCGAGGAGGUUAAGUCGACCAUCAAGUUCCAGAUGAAGAAGGUGCUCUGCCUGUCCGUCGCCGUCGGCCACGUUGGCAUGAAGUCCGACGAGCUGGCCCAAAACGUCAACUUGUCGAUCAACUUCUUGGUGUCGCUGUUGAAGAAGAACUGGCAGAAUGUGCGCUCCCUGCACGUCAAGUCCUCCAUGGGACCGCCCCAGCGUCUUUACUAGAUGCGCAUACUUCAUUUUUCGUACAUCUUGAAAUAAAUAGGAUCCUACAUUUCUAUAAUGUAA